AUGUGGCUCCCUCCAGACCUCGUCGAGCUUUGUCACUCUAUCACCAAUUCAGAUCGAGACGCUCCAUCAGUCAGAACUCAGCAAAGCAACCGCGAUGCCCACCAGCAUACAAUGCCUCCACAGAAACCUCGAGAAGAGUCUCGCAACCAGUCAGCGCAGCAUACUACAUUCCCAAUCUUGCAACUGCCGAUGGACAUCCUGGCCAUACAUCUACCUCUUCAUCUCCCAUACGACUCGCUCGUUUCUCUCCGACUCAGCAACCGGAAUCUAUACACUGCGAUCCCGGCGGCCAAGAGGCAGGGAUCGAAGAAGCUGAGUGAGUGUGAGAGAAAAGCAGUGUUGACAGCGGUGGAGGAAAGAGAGGAGCAUGCUACCCGCAAGUGUUGUGUGAUCUGCAGGAGCUGGUAUCCAAUUGCUUUGUUUUCUUGGGUACCGGAUCAAGGUACGAGACAAGGUGACCAUCGUGGAAAUGAGGGUGAUAUGAUUGAGGCCGAGAACCGAGUGUGCAGAUGGCAUCGCGCGAGGUUUGAGCGUAGGAUUUCAAGGUUAGCAUCAGGAAGAAAUCAACUGCAGGAGGGCUGGACAGUGGAAAAUGCUUGCAUGCAUUGCGGUGGGGUUUUGACUUGGGGUAGAUGUGGCUGCAAGGCUUCGUGUCCAUCUUGUUGGAAGAGGGAGGUGUGGUGUUAUACGCGCAUUAUAAAUUAG